AACGUUCAGCCUUCAAAGGUCGGGGUAGGAGAGAAAAUAACUCGAGGAUUUUAGUAUAUCGUCUAUUUCCUAAUUAAGAAAUGAGUGUGACAGUCCUUUGGUCAGCUCAGUUGUAGACAUUGCUAUCAAAACCCCAAAAGGCUGGUGGCUGUCCGGGCGACCCGGCUCCCUUCCCUGGGAGACCCCAGGCCAGAGCAGCCCGGCCGCCGCCCGUCUCCGGGGUCUUUCCCUCCACGCGCGGACACCUCGGUUCCCCCGGGGCUGUCUCUUGCGCUCAACUCCCGGCAAGGCCGGCCGCCUCAGGCUCGCCGCCACCAGGACGGUGCAAAUACCUUUUCCCUCCACGGGGCCCCAGCGUGCGGACACCUCCCCGCCUCCUCCCUCCCUGCCGGCGGGGCCCUUUCCCGGCUCGGGAACAGCAGCCGGGCCGCGGCGGCAGGAAGCUAGGCCUUGUUGAUGCUGUUCCAUGGCGCGCCUCUCCACCCUCCGGCAGCCGCUGCGGCUCUUCCAUGCUCUAGUGCGCCCCCCUCCGCGCCUGCGCGGUGCCCCGCGGGGGGCGGGGCUCGGAUUCCUGUCAGCAGCCGCGGCGGUGGCGGCGACCGUCAGUUUUCGCUGAGGAGAACACGAAAAGGACCCGUUGGCUCUCCCCCAUCCCCUUCCCCGCCCUGAAUCCCUCUUCUGGCUCGCUGGGAAUCAGUCCUCGUGGAGUUUUCCUAGCACCCCGCCGCCGUUUCUUCGGUCCUCGGCCGGGUGGAAGUCACUGCCCUCGAGGAGGAGGCAGCGGCGGCCGCCUUCGCCUCGCCGCCCCCGGUUUGGUGCCCGCGGUCCCGGAGAGGAGGUGCCGCCGCCACCGCCGCUCCCCCCCUCCCGCUGCCCUCGGGCCGGGCUGGGUCGAGUUGCGAUGCCCUCGGACUUCAUCUCAUUGCUCAGCGCGGACCUAGACCUGGAAUCGCCCAAGUCCCUGUACUCGCGAGAAUCUGUCUAUGAUCUUCUCCCAAAGGAGUUACAGUUACCUCCAUCUAGAGAAACAUCUGUAGCAUCAAUGAGUCAGACAAGUGGCGGUGAGGCAGGCUCGCCUCCUCCAGCUGUAGUUGCUGCUGAUGCUUCUUCAGCUCCCUCCUCUUCCUCCAUGGGCGGUGCUUGCAGCUCCUUUACCACCUCUUCCAGCCCUACCAUUUAUUCUACCUCAGUCACCGACAGCAAGGCUAUGCAAGUGGAGAGCUGCUCCUCAGCCGUGGGGGUAAGUAACAGAGGGGUAAGUGAAAAGCAGUUAACCAGUAACACAGUUCAGCAGCAUCCAUCAACACCGAAGAGGCACACAGUCUUAUACAUCUCACCACCACCUGAGGACUUGCUGGAUAACAGUCGGAUGUCCUGCCAGGAUGAGGGGUGUGGAUUGGAAUCUGAGCAGAGCUGCAGUAUGUGGAUGGAGGAUUCCCCCUCCAACUUCAGUAACAUGAGCACCAGUUCCUACAAUGAUAACACUGAGGUACCUCGUAAAUCACGAAAACGAAAUCCAAAGCAGAGGCCGGGGGUCAAACGACGAGAUUGUGAAGAAUCUAAUAUGGAUAUAUUUGAUGCCGACAGUGCCAAAGCACCUCACUAUGUGCUUUCUCAGCUUACCACGGACAACAAAAGCAACUCAAAAGCAGGAAAUGGGACAUUGGAAAACCAAAAAGGAACUGGCGUAAAGAAGAGCCCUAUGUUGUGUGGACAAUAUCCUGUAAAAAGUGAGGGAAAGGAGCUGAAGAUAGUUGUACAACCUGAGACCCAGCACCGAGCUCGGUACCUGACUGAGGGCAGCCGUGGCUCAGUAAAAGAUAGAACACAGCAAGGCUUUCCUACAGUAAAGCUGGAAGGCCAUAAUGAACCAGUAGUGUUGCAGGUGUUUGUGGGUAAUGACUCUGGUCGAGUAAAACCACAUGGAUUUUAUCAGGCCUGCAGGGUAACUGGACGAAAUACAACUCCCUGCAAAGAAGUAGACAUUGAAGGCACUACUGUUAUCGAAGUUGGCCUUGAUCCUAGCAACAACAUGACACUGGCGGUGGACUGCGUAGGGAUAUUAAAACUGAGAAAUGCUGAUGUUGAAGCCAGAAUUGGAAUUGCUGGUUCCAAGAAAAAAAGCACCCGUGCCAGAUUGGUUUUUCGAGUUAAUAUCAUAAGGAAAGAUGGCUCCACUUUGACACUGCAAGCACCGUCUUCUCCAAUUUUGUGUACUCAGCCAGCAGGAGUGCCAGAGAUCUUAAAGAAAAGCUUGCAUAGCUGUUCUGUGAAAGGAGAGGAAGAAGUAUUUUUAAUUGGCAAGAAUUUUCUAAAAGGAACUAAAGUUAUUUUCCAAGAAAAUGUUUCUGAUGAAAACUCUUGGAAGUCAGAAGCUGAAAUUGACAUGGAAUUAUUUCAUCAGAAUCAUCUUAUUGUGAAGGUUCCUCCUUAUCAUGACCAGCAUAUAACUUUGCCUGUAUCGGUGGGAAUAUAUGUAGUGACUAAUGCUGGAAGAUCUCAUGAUGUUCAGCCCUUCACUUACACUCCAGAUCCGGCGCUGGCUGGUGCUUUGAAUGUAAAUGUGAAGAAGGAAAUAUCUAGUCCAGCAAGACCUUGCUCUUUUGAGGAGGCCAUGAAAGGUACCAAUUUGAUUCUUCUUAAAAAUUCAAUGAAAACUACUGGAUGUAAUUUAGAUAAGGUAAAUAUCCUUCCUAACGCCCUGAUCACUCCACUCAUAUCAAGCAGUAUGAUUAAGAGUGAAGAUGUUACUCCAAUGGAAGUAACAGCUGAAAAAAGGUCUUCCCCUAUUUUUAAGACGACCAAGGCAGUUGGAUCAACUCAGCAAACGUUAGAAAAUAUCUCCAACAUAGCAGGAAAUGGAUCUUUUUCAUCACCAUCAUCUUCCCAUUUACCUUCUGAAAAUGAAAAGCAGCAACAGAUUCAGCCCAAAGUGUACAACCCAGAGACCCUGACAACUAUCCAAACACAAGACAUCUCACAGCCUGGUACCUUUCCAGCAGUUUCUGGUUCUAGUCAGCUGCCCAACAGCGAUGCACUCCUGCAGCAGGCAACACAAUUCCAAACCAGAGAAUCUCAAUCUAGAGAGGUAUUACAGUCAGAUGGCACAGUGGUUAAUUUGUCACAACUGACUGAAGCAUCACAACAGCAGCAGCAGUCACCACUACAAGAACAAGCACAGACCUUACAGCAGCAGAUUUCAUCAAAUAUUUUUCCAUCACCAAAUAGUGUGAGUCAGCUACAGAAUACUAUUCAGCAGUUGCAAGCAGGAAGUUUUACAGGCAGUACUGCUGGCAGCAGCAGUGGGAGUGUUGACUUGGUCCAACAAGUUUUAGAGGCACAACAGCAGUUAUCUUCAGUUUUAUUUUCUGCUCCAGAUGGUAAUGAGAAUGUUCAAGAACAGCUUAGUGCAGACAUUUUUCAACAAGUCAGUCAAAUUCAAAAUAGUGUAAGCCCUGGAAUGUUUUCCUCAACAGAGCCAACAGUCCAUACCAGAUCAGAUAAUUUAAUGCCUGGAAGAGCUGAAAGUGUUCAUCCACAGGCUGAAAACACGUUGUCUAAUCAACAGCAGCAACAACAGCAACAGCAAGUGAUGGAAUCGUCAGCUGCAAUGGUGAUAGAGAUGCAGCAGAGUAUCUGCCAGGCAGCUGCCCAGAUUCAGUCAGAAUUAUUCCCUCCUGCUUCAGCAAAUGGAAACCUUCAGCAAUCGCCAGUUUACCAGCAGACUUCUCACAUGAUGAGUGCAUUAUCUACCAAUGAGGACAUGCAAAUGCAAUGUGAGUUGUUUUCUUCUCCUCCUGCAGUUUCUGGAAAUGAAACUUCUACAACCACCACACCUCAGGUUGCGACUCCUGGCACUACCAUGUUUCAGACAUCAAGUUCAGGAGAUGGAGAAGAAAGUGGAGCACAGGCAAAACAGAUUCAGAACAGUGUGUUUCAGACCAUGGUCCAGAUGCAACAUAGUGGGGACAAUCAACCUCAAGUUAACCUUUUUUCAUCUACAAAAAGUAUGAUGAGUGUUCAGAAUAGUGGUACCCAGCAACAAGGCAAUGGUUUAUUCCAGCAGGGUAAUGAGAUGAUGUCACUUCAAUCUGGGAAUUUUUUGCAGCAGUCUUCUCAUUCACAGUCUCCACUUUUUCAUCCUCAAAAUCCCAUUGCUGAUGCUCAGAACCUUUCCCAGGAGACACAAGGUUCUAUCUUUCAUAGUCCAAAUCCUAUUGUCCACAGUCAGACUUCUACAACCUCCUCUGAACAAAUGCAGCCUUCAAUGUUUCACUCUCAAAGUACCAUUGCUGUGUUACAGGGCUCUUCAGUUCCUCCAGACCAGCAGUCAACCAACCUAUUUCUCUCGCAGAGUCCUAUGAAUAAUCUUCAAACUAACACAGUGACCCAAGAAGAACAGAUUUCAUUUUUUGCAGCACAGAACUCAAUUUCACCACUUCAGUCAGCAUCAAACCCUGAACAGCAAGCUGCUUUUCAACAGCAAGCUCCAAUAUCACGCAUCCAGAACACUAUGCUUUCCCAAGAACAAGCACAGCCAUCCCAGCAAGGCUUAUUUCAGCCUCAGGUGUCUCUGGGUUCCCUUCCAUCUAAUCCAAUCCCUCAAAACCAACAAGGAACAAUUUUCCAGUCACAGCACUCAAUAGUUGCCCUGCAGAGUAACUCUCCAUCCCAGGACCAGCAGCAGCAGCAGCAACAGCAACAACAGCAACAACAGCAGCAGAACAUUUUAUUCAGUAACCAGAAUACCAUGGCUACAAUGGCAUCUCAAAAGCAGCCACCACCAAACAUGAUCUUCAACCCGAACCAAAAUCCACUGGCUAGUCAGGAGCAACAGAACCAGUCAAUUUUUCACCAACAAAGUAAUAUGGCCCCAAUGAAUCAAGAGCAGCAGUCCAUGCAAUUUCAGAAUCAGUCCACAGUUUCCUCACUUCAGAACCCAGGCCCUACCCAGUCUGAAUCAUCACAGACCUCCUUGUUCCAUAGCUCUCCUCAGAUUCAGUUGGUACAAGGGUCACCUAGUUCUCAAGAUCAACAAGUAACACUCUUCCUCUCUCCAGCAUCCAUGUCUGCUUUGCAGACUGGUAUAAACCAACAAGACAUGCAACAGUCUCCUCUUUAUUCCCCUCAGAGCAACAUGCCUGGAAUCCAAGGAGCCACAUCUUCACCUCAACCACAGGCUACUUUGUUUCACAACACUGCAGGAGGCACCAUGAACCAACUGCAGAAUUCUCCUGGCUCAUCUCAGCAGACUUCAGGAAUGUUCUUAUUUGGCAUUCAAAAUAACUGUAGUCAGCUUUUAACCUCUGGACCAACUACAUUGCCAGAUCAGUUGAUGGCCAUAAGUCAGCCAGGCCAACCGCAAAACGAAGGCCAGCCACCUGUGACAACACUUCUUUCUCAGCAGAUGUCAGAGAAUUCUCCACUGGCAUCUUCUAUGAAUACUAACCAGAACAUCGAAAAGAUUGAUUUGCUUGUUUCAUUGCAAAACCAAGGGAACAACUUGACUGGUUCCUUUUAACUCGAUAUAAAUUCCAUGACGAAAAAUCCUGAUUUCCAAGAUGUCCUGAGAUCUUAUGGUUUCAUGAGGAUUACUGAACUGUUACUUAAAAACAAAACAAAAUACAAAAAACUGUAUUUGAGUAAAUGGAUAGAUUUUACUCUGACUGCAGAAGGGCACACCUAUGCUGUCUGCUGCAGUGACUAGCCAUCAAUGUUAACAUCUUCAUGUUUUAUAUUCCUAAUAACAGUGAUGACUGAGAACCAAUUUGAGUCUCCAGCUGACAGAAUUAAUUGUUGCAUUUUCCUAGGCAUAAUUUCUUUAAAAGUACAGUUUAAUUUCAAGGCUGGACUACUCAGUUAUUAUUGCUAUUAGAAAAUAAUAUCUGUCAUGUUUACUUGUGUUCUUCAUUUUUUCGUGUAUUGUUUUAGUCAAGUAAUAGCUUUUGAAAAAGUAAAAUUCAGUGAUAACUAAGGCUGUGAGUUUUUUUCAAUAUAAAAAGCACAGCUGUUGGCCAAAGUGAAGGAAUCUUUUCUCAGUUUUUAUGGAGAAACUGAAAGGGGUAACAUUGUGAGAAGUAAGCCGUAUUAAGAACUCUAUGCAGAUAAGAGAACUGUUGAUUUAACAUAAAGGCAGACAACACUCAAAACUGGGGACAGCUGGAAUGCUAUUGGUUUUAUUUUGCAGAGAGUUGUUUUAGUUCUCUGUAUUUCUAUUAAGGGAUUUAGCCAUAAUUGUGCAUAGAAAAAUAAUUCUCUUUCUCUAUAAAAAAGGGGAUAAUAUAUGGUGAAUUAUGUUCUGAGAUCCUCCUACAGUGAUUUAAAACUGACAGAAUGAUUUGAGUCUGUUUUCUUCUUAACCUAGUCAUAGGCUGGAAUAUCUUAGGCUGGUAUUCCCUUUUUAUAUGCAUCUGUGUUAUUUUCCACCUCUUUUUCUCUUUAUUUUAAACAAGUAUUAAUAUACUACUGGCUUUGUGACCCUGUAGCAACUUAAAGGAAAAGGCCGCUUUAAUCUAGGGUGACCUACCAAUCCUGCAGCACAGGGCAGGGAGUACUCCUUUGGGAAUUAUUGGGAGUUGAUUCCUGAGAAACAAUGCAUAUUUUCCCCUGUGAACGGUGCUGUUCCAAAGUCUUCAAAUUUUUCCCACUAAUAGGAAACUGUGUAAAUUUCAAUUGGAAAAAAAAAUAAAAGGCAAACUAAAAUUUCUUGAAACAUCACUUCUCCCUGAGCUGCAGUGAGUAUAAAUUCACUUGUCACCUCAGUGCUUUACUUGGUCACUUACCUGAUGGUUCCCACAAGCCUUAGGCUUUACAGGGUCAUAUUAUUGACUUAAAAUGAAGAAUUAACUUGUGUUACAUCUACUAUGUAUAAAGAGCAAAAUAACACACUCCAGAACUUGCAGUUGUAGCAUUAGUUAUACAGUUUUGGGUGUUCCUGCCACCCAUGGGAUGCCUGCUUUUCACUACACCUGUGUCUGGACACCUGCUUAUGUCUCAUUUUCCUUUCAGCAUGUGGAGAACUGUCAAUGCAGUGUAAGGCCAACGUCUGUGUGGCUUCAGUGUGUUGAUAUAAUGUUUUGGUAUCCUUGUCUGUUUCAUUUAUUUGUUAGAUGUACAAAAAAAUAGCCUGUUAAUUGCUAUUGAAAGCUACUUUUCUAGCCGGGCGUUGUGGCGGGCGCCUGUAGUCCCAGCUACUCGGGAGGCUGAGGCAAGAGAAUCGCUUAAGCCCAGGAGUUGGAGGUUGCUGUGAGCUGUGUGAGGCCACGGCACUCUAUCGAGGGCCAUAAAGUGAGACUCUGUCUCUACAAAAAAAAAAAAAAAAGAAAGCUACUUUUCUGUUCUAGUUUUUUUCUGUCCUGUACAUUUAGUUGAAGUGUGUGGACUUGUGGUGUUGGCUUGUUUAUACAAGAGAGGUUUUCCCCUUUUUUUGUGAUGGUCUUUGUUCUUUGAAUGUGCUCUUCUAAUUUUUUUCCCUCUUUCUUCUUUUGUAUUCUUCCCUCCACCCCCAACCCUUUCUUUCUUUCUCUCUCUGAUUGAGAGGCAUUGAAUUACGUUUUCAGUAGUACAGGCUUCUUGCCGAUAUGAAGGGAACUUUUCAGAAAGAGACCUACUCUGGGUCAUUUAAUUUUGAAUACAGUUUUCAAUCGUUCAAGUUUUGGAUGGUUUAUAUCUAAUGUGUGUUUCAUUUUUUUGGAAAGCUAUAUUUUGUAUUUAGGAAAUGGUAUACUAUUUUGCUAUUUGUACUGAGUGAGUACAUUGGCAUAAAUAUAGAAAUUUAUAUAUAUACAUAUAUAUAAACUAUUCUUUUUUGCCACACAUUUUUGUGGUAAAUUUGUGAGUUUGUCUGAUGUUCUACCACAACGUGGCGUCUGAUAACAGUGAAGGGGGGGUUUGUUAUGUCUUUAUUGAGUAUUUAAGUAUCUUUUGAAACAAAUGACUUGUUCAUCUGUGGCCAUUCCAUCAGGCAGUUCCUUGGUGUUAAUAGUGGGCUAAAGGCAGCUUACUGUGUGUUUGCUGGAUCUUUUACUCAGCAAAAUGUUAGAGUAAGGAAACCCAUCAAGGCAGUUGUGUCAAAUGGUGUUUCACAAGAAUGAGCCAUUCAGUCUUUGCUCACUAUGUAUUUAAUAUUUUAUUAUUAUUGUUGUUGUUAUUAAUUGGCUUUCUGUAUCCUAUGCCUUUUAUUUAUAAAGACACUAAAAAAAACCAUGUUUGUAAUUUUAAUAACAUUUUCCCCAUCUUGUAAUAUCCAGAGCUACUUUAUAAAUUCUCUGAACCAAAAGUAUUUUCCUCAAUAUAUCUCUUCUCCCUCAGCCCCUAUCAGGAAAAAUUACCCAAUAUAGUUCAGGUUAUGAGAAGGAUCAGCUACACAAUCCAGUGCUUCAGUUUUAAAAUAUAAAACUCUAACCCUAGAGCAGGCUUCACUAUAAUGUCAGAUAAAGCAAACAUAGCAGGUAUUACAAGAACUGAAGAACUAAGUUUUUUUUCUGAUUUUUUAUUUUUUCCUACAAGAUAUCAUAGGAGACUCAAGAAGUCUGUGUCUGUUCACCAAAUUCUAAUUAGAAUGACUGUUAAUACUGCCCUAUGGAUGAAGUGGUGGCAAGAAGACUGGCUUGUGUGCUGAUUUCUGUGAAUUAGCAAGAGGUUUAUCAUUGUAAAACGCUAAUUGGCAAUGCCAAGUCACUGGGACCAAUUUUAUGUUUUAUAAUACCUAAGUUUAAAACAGAACAUACACCUGAACUGUAGUGGUUGGAUUGGAUGGAGGCAGAAAACCCAAUUUUUAUUCUCAUAAAUUUUGUGGUUAUUUAUACAAGGGCUGUGCUAUGCUACCAUAUUCUUAUUCAAUAAUGAUAGUUUGGUGGUUUUUUUUUUUUUUUACAUUGUUAAAUGUUCCUUGCCCCUAAAGGUCAAUGUUAAAUACAACAUUCUGAAUAUAUGAUUUGGUUACGAAGAGUAUUUGUCUUCUUAUUAAAGCUCAGUGGUUGAUACUUGUGCUAAUAAGGCAGUUUACUAGUUACUGUUACACAUUAUAGCUACAUAUAGAAGAAACUCAGUGAGCCAGCAAAGGCCACGAAACAAUUUAUUAAAUUUAUUUAUGGCAGAAGGACCUAAAUAAACUGUGAACCACGUUUUAUUUCUUUAUAUUGUUACAGUCAGUUGUUCUUACUUUUACUAACUCACUAAUUAAUGCUCGGAGCUUAUCUCUGUGUGUGUGUGUGUGUGUUAUUCUUUGUUGUCAUUAUUUGUGUAUAUCCACAGCAAAAUGGGAGAAGAAAUUAGAAGUCAUAUUUUGCCUCUGAGCUUUAUCGUGUUAUCUUUGUGAUUAGAGUAUCAUGCUGUGUUACUUAGCUAAUGCAGAUCUGUUUUACCCAGUCUCCCUAGAUGAGGUUGUUUAAAGGGGCUUUGUUUAUUACAAAAGGAGUAUGAAUGAGAGAUCUUCCUUUUUUCCUUCCUUCUUCCUUCCCUUCCUCUCUUUUCUUUCAAUCUACCCUGCCUUGCUUUUUUCUGUAGUAUCAUAUGAGGUGUAGUUUGGAAUUUCAUUCUAGUGCGUUUCCUGCCCAUCACAACCUCAGCUAAUCUACCUAGAAAAAACAGUGUCAAAGGAAAAGAGAAAAGUUGUAUCUGAGUCCCUCCUGAACUAAGAUUAAUUCUUUUUGACUACUUAAGUGAAAUCAUUAGAUGCAUCAGCAAAUAAUGUUCAGAAUAAAAUGAUUUAAUAAUUAAAGUCUCAUAUGUAACAGUUGUAAUUUUUCACUCGGAGUAGUAAUCUGAGAAUUUUUCAUUUUUCUGAUGAAAAUUUCUGUUCUAAUAUCUGUUUCCUAAUUUAUUUUUUAAAUUAAUUGAACAUUGUAUGAGAGCUGUUAGCUUUACUCUGCUUGUGACCAUAGGCUUCAUCUCUGAACAAGACUGUCAUCCACAUCCACACGCCUUUGGAUAUAAGGAGGGACCCAGUCUGGAGAGACUGUGUAGGAAAAAAUAACUCAGAGUAUGUACCCUAAUGAAUGGAUUAGUACAAUUGCAUAACAUGUAUUAAAAAGAGAUUUUCUCCUCUGUCUAUUUGUGCCACUAGAUCUAAACUAUAGAGAUAAUGUUCAUAACAUAGUAAAUACCUAUCAGAAUAAUAUCUACAAUAUCUUUUGUGAAUGGUCCUAGUGUUCCAAUUACUUCUUUAACCCUCGUUUAAUUUAAUAUCAUGCCAUUCUAGCCUCAUUUAUUAAUAAAGUUGUUUUUACUCCACUUUUCCGGGAAAUUUUUAAAAUUAAUAUUUUAUAUCUAGAUUAAAUGGUUAUGAAAAAGUGCCUUUUUUACCUUAAUAAUACUCCCUUCUUAUAAUUUUUAUUUUUCACCAUUGCCAAAAAGAUAUAAAUAAAUGUUUUUAACAGGUCCCAACUUUUACUUUUUCCAUUUAGCCAUUCUUUUCUCCAUUUCCUGGUCACUAUCAGAAACAACUUCGUAAGUCCUUUCAGCUUAAGAAUAACAGAAAAGAUGCAAUGUUAGAAUUGUUUCUUUGGGGGAGGGUAAAAGAUUACAGAAUUAUACUAUUUAGGCUUUAUAUAAAUUAACUAUAAAGUUUUCUUCAUUUCAACCACCUAAUAAUAGGUCUUACCUAAAUACUAAUGAGAAUUUUACUAUCUCUGAGACUUCAUGCACACAAACGUAUAUAAGUCUGAAGAAGGAAAUGUUUAAGGCAUUUUCUCUGAUCUUCAUUUGAUGAAAAUAAAUCACUGCUAAAGCAUAGUUUGAGUCCUGAUAAUGUCAGUUUCUUUUUUUUUAACUAGACAGGACAGAGUUGCUCAUUUUAGUGUACUUAUCAGAACCUCAAUUAAUUUGCCUAAAAAUAUUGAAGGAAAUGAGGUAGAAGUUAUAUCUGAGUCCCUGUAAACCUAAGAUAAUAAUUCUUUUCUACCAGAUACAAUUGGAUUGUGUGUCCUGGUUUUUGUUAAUUUUGACUUUAUUCCAGCUCCUUACCACAAUGGUGGUGCUUGAAAAAACGUCCAUGAGCAACAGGUCAAGAUAGUAGUACCGUUAGGAUAGAGCUGCCUUCCCCAUGCAGGUAUUUCUGUGACUGUUAGUGAAGACUGCAAACCUUUAUGCAAUAUUCUUAGUACCCUAUUGAUAUUAUGCACUUUAAUCAUUCCAAAGAAGCCAAGAAUGUGUAGUGAUAAUUCCUUCUUAAUGAAUACAUCUUAACUAUUUAGUAUACCUUGUCCCAUUUUCUUUUGGACAACCAACUUAGUAUAAGAAUUAUGUGGAUAUUUUCUAAAGUGACCAUAUAGUAGAACUUAAGACUUUAUAGGAGGGAAAUCAUUUAGCAAAUUAUUUUAGAAACAUUACAGUGUUUAGCUUGCUAAUUCAUAUGUUUGAGAAUUCAUUAAAACCAAUCCUUUUUCUAUAUGUUUUGUGUCAUAUACAUAAGAACAUUACAGCAUGUCAUUUUCUGUAUGUGUAGUAUGUGCAAACCAGUGGUUCUCAAAGUAUGGUCCUCAGCCCACCAGCUAGCAUCAGUAUCACCUGGGAACUAGUCAGAAAUGCAGAUUUUUAGGCCUUAUCCCAGAUAUACUGAAUCAGAAACUCUGGAGUGAGGCCCAGCAAUCUGUGUUUUAACAAGCCCUCUGGGUGAUUCUGGUGUACACUAAAGUUUAAGAAUCACUGGUAUGAAUUAUAUCUAGAGAGAGCUAGAAAGUUUUAUUCCCACUCAUAUAAAUAUAGUUAUACAUGAUUCUUUAUAUAAAUUCAGCUUAACCUGAUAUCUAUAAUCAUUUAUUAGCAAUGAUAAUUUAAUCUCAAUACUGCCUAUAGAAAUAUUUUAUGUACAUAUACAGUUAGUCUAGUUAUUGAUAAUUCAGUUAACUUAGCUUGGCAUUUUCCUACCACUUUACUAAAAAAGUUUACAUUAAAUGACUGAUUUAAAUACAUAGGUGCAAUGUUCUGUAUUUAUUUUAAUUGUUAUGACAUUUAAAUAGCUAAUAUAAUUGACGGGUGCUAAAGUCUCCUGUUUAUCCAUAAAAUGGGUACACUUUGGGCAGUGUAAUACAUGUACAAGAUUUCUUUUCAUUGCCUCAUACUUUACCAGCAGACCACAGUUUUUCUCUGGCUAGAGCAGUUCUCAGAACAAAAUUAUCAUUCCUUGUACACGUAUUUAUAUUUGUAUCUGAGAUAGUAGACAAGAUGGCUGGCCAGGUCAACAUAGCACCUUACUCCUUUUUAAAAUAGGUAAAACUUCUUUAAAAGUAGUUUGCUUUCUGUAAGAAUUAAUGUAGUAGAGAUACAGUUGUGCUUGGAGCUGAUGCUUCAGACAAGAAUUAUUUACUGAAAUAAAUAAUUAAAUAAUAUAAUGCAUUAUAUUAUUUGGGCAUUUCUCUUUUCUCAAUUAUAUGAAUCAUGGUAAAUAUAAACUAACCACAAGAUAAGGAGGUUUCUUCAUUCGUUUUAACCUCCUGUGCAAAUCAGUACCUGUAUUGUUCUAAUCUUCCUCCCAUUGUUUACAAAUCACAAGUUAACUUAGGAAAGAAAAAUAUACAUUUCAGAAUAAAAAUAAGUGUAUACUUACUUUAUAAAAAUCACCACUGCUAUCUUUCCUUAAUACUAGCAGUGGAAACGUAAGUGGCUUACUCUAAAAACUUUGGUGCUGGCAAAUACAUAGGCAAACUGUUGGAAGAUGCUCUAGUUACAUUCCUCCUUUUACUAUUUCUUUUUCCCUCUUCCCCACUUGAUGACAUAAUAUAUUCCUGUACCUAAAGCAUUCUACCACACUUCUGUUUAACUCCAACUUUUGAUCUCUCCUUUACAACUUACAUGUUUAACCAUAUCACCGGCUUGUUCAUUCACAUUCUGUCUCCCUCCCUCCUUCUCUUCCCCUCUAACUCUCUUUCCCAGAAGUUAUUUGCCUGGUUGGAAAUAUUUUGUUGGAUUGCUUACUACAAUGUAUUAAUUAUUUUAGCUGAUGAAUCUCAGGACAACAUAUAAACACACAUACACACACACGAUCUCAUAUGUUUAAGUGGAUUUGUAGUCGAACUUCUGUGUCUAAGAUUAGAGAACUGUCCUGCAGUGAAGUGAUUGGUGACUUUGGUAAUUACAGACUGAUUCCAAUGAACUGAAGCUAAUUUCUUUUGAUAAUGAAUGUAUCUGCUCACCUUGUUCCCUUCUAAUGAUGGAUAAGCUCCAAGUAGUUGCUAAUCUUUUGACAACUUCUACUGAGUAUCAUUCACUUCUUUUACUUAGUCUUUUAAUAAAUAUACUGCAAAUAUUUCAUUAACCUGUUCUCAAGUGGUUUAGCUACCAUUCUGCCAUUUAAAUUUUUAUUUACUUUUAUUUGCUUGAGCACACUGAUCAACCACUGAACUGCCUUCUUCCAUUGUCCUGCAAUGAUAUAAGGGUUACAUUUUUGUGUAUAUGGCUUUCAUAGUGGGGAUUUCAGAGCACUGAUACCAGAUAUUUUCAGUUUGUUCUCUGGGGAAAUUUCAUUUGCAUCUAUGUUUUUAGCUAUCUGUGAUAACUUGUUAAAUAUUAAAAAGAUAUUUUGCUUCUAUUGGAACAUUUGUAUACUCGCAACUAUAUUUCUGUAAACAGCUGCAGUCAAAAAUAAAACAUUGAAAGUUUUCA